AUGGCGCGCUUAAAUGAGCCACCUGUUGCGCCUGCGCCUGCGCUGUCGAACGGGGACCUCGAUGCGAUAAAGCGCAAGUUUCUAAGAACAAACCGCGAGUUGGCGAAGAUUAAUUCGCAACAACAAGUCCAUAUUCGCCAACUCGAAAACGAUCGCUCGCGCCUUGUCGCAGAGAACUGCUCGCUCGCACAGCAAGUGCUACAUCUUCAGAACACACUCGAGGCACGACCCCGUUCACCCUCAUUCUCUACCAUCGAUGCUCUAAAGAACCAGCUAGAGACAAAGAUACAAGAGCUCGGAGGGUUGGUAGCGGGGCUGGGACAAUUGAAACAAAGAGGAAGCAGUGCGCCAUGCAACGUCAAAACUGCGACGAAAAAGAAUCCGGAAGAGAGGCAGUGGCGAAGCGCCCUGGGGCUGCAGGAAGUUGAGAAUGCCAUGCUGCCGACAAUCACGGAGUACAAGGCGUAUCCGCGGGUGACUAUGAACGCGGAAGAACUCCAAGACAUCCUCGAUGCUCCGGACAGCCAGUCACCAGACAUAGGACCCCCACCAGUUUCGCACUUCGACAUCGAGGAGCCCAUCGCGUUCAAGCAUAGUCCAUCUGAUGAUGUACAAUCUGAUAUUGCUUGCGAUGGCGAAGAGGUGGUACUGCCGAUGAACAUCGAACCGCGACGGAAACGACGAGAGAGUGGGCCAAGGAUUCGACGAAUGUCUCUAUUUGAGUCACCUAGAGAGGAGCCUGAAGAGAAGCCCAAGGAGAAGUCUGAAGAAGUGCCAGAGAAGCCAGUCAGAACCGGAGCGAAACGCAAAUUUAGCGUGCAAGAAGAUGAUGACAAAAGCCAGCCUCAAGCGGAACCCUUCCAGUUCAGCCGACGCGGCACGCCAGCUUCUACUGAUGAGGACAACACGGACGGGGAGCGACCUCUAGCUCUCACAAGGCCAAUCCUUUCGAGUAAACCUGUCAACACCGAUCCCAUGGUCUCUCCAAAGAAAAAACGCUCUUCAGCCCCCGAGAAGCCCGAAAAGAAAAAAUCAGCUCGUCCUCGGGUGACAAUUAGUCGGAAUACCCUCCCCGACAUGAUCCCGCAAGAGGCGCCCGACCCCAUCGCUACUGCUGAAGUUCACCUCGAAUCUUUGCUACCUAAGACCCCUGCCGCCGAAUCUGUCUACUUUCCGCCAUCCGUGGAACCUUCUACGUCGCAGACAGAAUCCAAAGACACGCCGCCGCCAGGUGAUCUUUCUUCGAUGAGUGAGUUAGGAAUUGUCAGUCGCCCGUCCCGCCGCGCACGACCGCAAGUAAGCUACAAAGAGCCCAGCCUAGCCACCAAGAUGCGCCGUCCGAGUAAAGAGUUGGUGGAUGCUGUAGUGGACCGCCGAACGAGUGUGGAGCCACCAAAGUCUGCACCGAGCUCAGCACACGUCAUUAUCAAGGAAGAGCCUGAAGGUUCUCCAUGGAAGCCCCACGGCGCCGUAGUUGAGACGAGAGGCGGUGACGGUGCAGAGAUGGGGAGUCCACUUCGUCAAAAACUCGAUCGCAAAGAGGGGUCUCAGGACGCGAAACCCGAACGACCGAAGUUGAAUUCCGUAGCCGUUGAGCGGGCGAUUGAGAAGAUGAUCGAGGAGACGAGUACAGCAAAGCGGAAGUCGCUCACCUCAUCAGGCAUGCUAUCAGUGAAGGAGGCAGCAGAGCAGACAUCACAGGAAAAGAAGGAAAGUAAGCUAUCAGAGAUGACGGUAGGACCGGAAAGCGACAUGGCCAUCUUCGAUUUCAACGAGUCGUCUCCGGCUGCCGGUGCUCUCACAAGAACGGAUUUACGCCCCAAUGUCAGUCUUGCAAGCGCAGCUCGUGAACGUCGCAGACAUUCCUCAGUUCUGGUCUCUGCGCCAGAAUCCGAAGACCGCACGGAGCCCAGUGCAAGGUUUAACGGUGGGCUGCCGGCGGUACACAAGCGGGCCGGUAGCGGGGCAACGAAGACGGGCGCGCCUGCGGCGGGUUUAGCUAGAAGCACGGCGGCUGCGCGGUCGUCACAAAAAGAAAAGGAGAGGAAGGCCGGUACUUUACCGUCGAGUAGGAGUAAUUCACGACUGGGGAGCAGAGAGGACGGCGUAAGGGAAGGCCGGUCGGAGCGGGCGACUAGCAGGAGGGCGAGCAUGAUGGUCUGA